AUGUUGACCCUGUUUGGCCUGCCGUGCAUCAGUGCGAGCAGUUUCUUUCGCCAUCAGCGCCGCUACACCAUCCAUGUAAUCGUUCAGGCCUGGCAGAAUGAUCAAACCAAGAAUUUUAGUGACCUACGGGCAAUGGAUGGCGGGCUUGUUCUUGCUGGUGACUGCAGGUCAGAUUCUCCUGGGCACUGCGCAAAGUAUGGGUCAUACUCUCUGAUAGAGGACAGAGUGAACAAGGUGGUGGAUGUUCAGCUUGUUCAGAGCUCAGAGGUCCCCAACAGCUCAUGGUGUGAGCUUGAAGGGCUCAAGCGCAGUGUUGGCCUGCUGAGGGGAAACGACCUGCAUUUGGCAACGCUGAUCACGGACCGACAUCGCCAGGUUGCCAAAUGGGUGAGAGAGGAGCUGAUCCCUGAAGGGACACAGCAUUAUUUUGACGUGUGGCACAUUGCCAAAAGUCUUGGGAAGGCAUUGGAUGCAGCAUCCAAAGAGUGUGACCAACUACAGUUGUGGAGGCCAGCUAUAGUGAAUCACCUCUAUUGGACUGCAGCCUCAACCCCAGAUGGCAACCCAGCGGUCAUGGAGGCCAAAUGGAGAAGUUUAGUGAACCACAUCCAGGACAUCCAUGACCAUGACACCCCUGCCUUCUCCAGUUGUGCCCAUGGCCCUCUAGACGGAGAUCAGCGCAACAAAGAGUGGCUGGACCCAGGCUCAUUGGCAGCAGUCAAGUUGGAGAACAUAAUGAUGAGGACUGCCUUACUGAAAGAUGUUCGACAGCUGUCUCCACAGCACCAGACCUUCUCCCUUGAGGCUUACCACUCCCUCAUCUUGCACUUCGCGCCCAAGCACACAGGGUUUUCAUACCUUGGGAUGUAUAGCAGGCUUCUCUUAGCGGCGCUGCAUUAUAAUCACAAUGCCAAUCGCGAGACAGCACGGAGAAGUGACGGGACGGAGAAGUACUGCGUGCGGUAUCCGCGCUUCAGAAAAGGUGCCCAUGUGGUGCGUCCCAUCAAAGAGGCAGCCUCAUACGGUUAUGCAACAUCAUUAAUGAAGUUCCCUUCGGGAGAGCUACGCCAAUUCACCCGCGGUUCUUCGAGAGGUUAGCGCCAAUUUGUCCUCCGAUGCACCCGCCCCCAUCGCCAAAUCCUUCGAACAGAUUCCUAAGGA